AUGGAAAACUUCAGGAAGGUGAAGACUUCCGAGCAAGGCAGCCCGCUGCCCUUCUCCGAAUUGCAUCCCCACGUGGUGGAGAUGAAAGUCAAGGAAGGCAGCAAGAUCCGGAACCUGAUGGGCUUCGCCAUGGCCAGGAUGGAGAAGGAGGAGACCCGGCAGAUCGUCUUCAGCGGCUGCGGACGGGCGGUGACCAAGACCAUCACUUGCGUGGAGAUCAUGAAGAGGAAGCUGGGUGGUCUCCAUCAGGUCACCAAGCUCCAGUACCGGACCUUGGUGGAAGUGUGGGAGAACCAAGGACCCAAAUCGGAAGGGCCUCCUGAACGUCUCACUGUCCAAAAGAACGUGCCCUCCAUCUACAUCCUCCUGUCCAAGGACUUGGUGGACCCCAACCAAAUGGGCUACCAAGCUCCCAGUCCUCAUGGCAGCCUCUGUGCCGAGAGCAAGAUCUCCCCGAAGGCCACCAAGAGAAGGUUGCUUGCACCCCACGAAGGGGACUAGCCCAACCAAACAUCUCCAAGACCCUCUGGGAGGACAUGACUUGUGGAUUUUGACGGUUGUACGCCCAUGUGUGCCUUCAGGAAAUGUGGGGAAUAAUAAUAACAACAACAAUAACAACAACAACAACUCAGCUGCUGUAAAAAAAA